AUACAUGUAUAUAUAUGGCGGCGUGCGCAAUACCAUGGGUGAGGGGUCAUUGGAUAUUUGAUCUGUCUGUCUGGUCGAUCUUUCUUUGUCAUGUUUGUGUACGGAAAUUCGAUGCAAUACCUAAUGCAAAUAGGGUGACCGAUUACGAAAUCUUUUGUCAAUGUUCACGAGUGCAGACGUACAGUGUACACAUGUAUAUUUUACAUCGAUCAAGACUCCCCUCUCCACGUGAAUGUAGAUCGCACAAGCUAGGUGACCUUACCAUUUGUAAAGUAUUAACGGACGUAUUGUGUUCGCUUUGUACGGUGCAGACACAGCUGACUUCCUUAAGUUGUGAGCCGAAUGAUAUAUAUUUUCUGGUACUGGACUAUUUAUAUCGUAGGAAAGGGUUUUUAAUUUGAGAUGGCGAAACUUCCUAAAUUUUGUAUAUUCGUUGCGGCUGUACUUUGCUCCGGAUUCAUGUCUCCUCCCGUUGUUUCAGGAGCUAAGAUCAUGCUCGCUAUGUCGGGUGUCAUGAACAGCGUUAGUCAGCACAUUCUGUUUUCAGCUAUCACGGAACCUCUGGUUGAACGCGGGCAUGAGGUUAUUCUCCUGGCCCCUCAGUAUAAGGUGACCAAGGGUCUCACUGAGGAAGCUGUCACCGGGAAGAUCUUCUUUAAGAACUCUAAGACGAAGGAGGAGAUGGAGGAAAUGGCUGCGGGGCUUCAGUCAAUCGCCCUUGGUUUCAGUCAGGAUUCUGUCUUCCAGAUCAUUGGCAGGGUUCGUACCAUCUUCCCAUGGUUCACCGAAGGAUGCUUCCAGCUCUUCAAGGACCAGGAGACACUGGAUCGGCUCAGGGAAGAACGUUUCGACCUGAUCCUCACCAUGCCGACUUGUGGCUGCGAUUCCUUGCUUGCGGAAUACCUGGGCGUUCCUUUCGUCGUGAUGACUCCACUUCGAAGGGCGCCCUUUUUCAAUGAAGAUACUUUCGGCAUCCCCGCCCCGUCCUCUUACGUACCGUUCAGUGGUUUGACUACGUUCACUGACCAAAUGACAUUUUCUCAGAGGAUCACCAAUGUUAUAAUGCGUUAUGUAACGGAGCCAUUCUUCAUGUACCUGACGCGAAGUGGUCUCGAUCAAAUUCAGAAGGACCACAACAUCAGACCUGACCUGUCGAUUGAUCAGCUUCUUGGCAAAGCUCAGCUUUGGUUGUCCCAGGGUAACUGGGCUUUUGAGUUCGCUCAACCAAUCACGCCAAACUUUGUCUCGAUCGGUGGAAUCACAACCCAAUCACCCAAACCAUUACCAAAGGAAAUGAACGAUUUUGUGGAAGGAUCCGGUGACCACGGGAUAAUAGUCUUCACUCUUGGAUCCGUCGUCUCCUCGUUGAUGAACGACGAACUCAAUGAAAAUCUGGCCAAAGUUUUCAGUGAGCUGCCGCAGAGGGUGCUGUGGAGAUUGAAGGGGACACGCCCGCGUAACCUUGGAAACAACACGCUCGUUUCUGAUUGGCUCCCUCAAAGCGACCUCCUUGGUCACCCCAAGACGAAGUUGAUGAUCUAUCAUGGAGGAGCGAACGGUAUCAAUGAGAUCGUCACCCACGGUGUUCCAGUUCUCGUCAUGCCUCUAGCUGGGGAUCAGAUGGGUAAUGCAGUCCGGAUGCAAGCCAAGGGAAUGGGGUUCCCUAUCGAUAAGAAUACACUCACCGAAGAAAGCUUUAGAGAGGCAGUUAAUGAGAUGCUAAACAAUCCAAAAUACACUGUUAAUGCAAAGAAGGCUUCUGCUAUAAUGAAAGAUCAAAUCGUGCCUGUCCGAGAGAAAGUCGUCUACUACAUCGAACACAUCUUGGAAUUCGGGGGUGACCAUCUCAGAACUCGAGCUCUAGAACUCAACUUCAUCCAGCGAGAAUCCAUCGACGUCAUAGCAUUUUUUUUAAUAGUUUUCAUAUCGUUUUUCUUGGCGGUCAAAUGGCUGGUUUGUAAAUGCUGCGGACUUUGUCGACGAAAACAUACAGAGACGAGAAAGUCAAAAUCUGAUUAAUCUAAAUAUAAUUAUAUUUUGAUAAUAGAACUAUGAUUUAUGAUUUUAAGGGUGGGAGGGGGUAAUUGACUUGCAGUCGUGUGGUCCAGUGGUUAGAGCAUUGGACUCAUAAUCGCAAGGUUGUGAGUUCGAAUCCCAACUCUGCCAUUGUCUCCACUUCGAUAAAAAGGCCCAAGAGUGAUAUCUGUCGUCUAUUACGUCAGCCACUAUGACUGAUUAACCUAGACGUAAAAUGUUUCCAAGGUAAUUGGUUAUAUACCAGCUUGGCAUAUUCACCAGCAAAAAAUGCUGUCCUGCCGAGUUCCUACGGGAGUUACCACAAACAGAAACAGAAAAAUGGGAAAUAAACAAGAUAUAGAAUCAGAGUCUUCACUGAUAAAAUACCAGGAACCUUUUUUAUCCUCAUUCUGAAAAAUGGGGCGCUAGAAUGAUAGAGGAUGGCAUUGUUUAUCAUGUGGGUACUAAGGGGGACACGCCCCUAUGAUAUUCCUCUGGAUCUACAGUGCGUAUCAAAAAAGUUUACACUUUGAAAAAGUCCUGGGAAUCAAAAAAUAUACAACAUGUGGGUAAUUUUUCACAUAUAAUCUUGGGUUUGGGUCUCAUCUAUCCAAUGAAAGAAAAAGUUUUGACAGAAUGUUACACUUAAGUGAGUACUGUCCAUUUUUGUAAAGCUCGCAGAAAUCUGUUUGCGCAGAAAUGCUUGUUUUCACGCUGUGUCAAGGGGAAAGGGCGAAAUCAAACUUACCCUGCGAAACAUUUCUCAUACAUUUCCCUUGCACUUUUAGUCUAUUGAAAUAAAACGGAUACAUUCAAGCAUUUUGUAACAAUUUUGCCACCCAAAUUGAAAUUUCAACACUUAGUAAGCACAACCCUUACCCUUUUUGUACCAGCUGGAUCUGAAGACAUAAUUGAAUCUGAACAAAAGUUUAUAUCAGACAUCUCCAGCAUUUUUUUUCACUAUUAAAGUUUUUAUAAUUUAAAGUAGGGUUACAUUUCAUUUUUCAUUGAUACUUGUUUCUCCACACUUUUCCCAAGCUUGACAAUGAUUAACAAUUAUGAAAGUCAAGCCUAAGCCAUUUCAUGUAAAUCACAGCUCAGUGUCACGAUGGCCUCGGUGUGUGGGGGAGUGGGGUGGGGCGCGAUGCACUCUUCGGAAUGUUUUGGGCAAGGAAACAAGUUAAAAAAAGGUAAAAUAUAUCUUCAAAUCAAUUUUACUAGCUAAAUUCAACAUGUUCUUCAUGAUUAAGGUCUACUUUUAUUCGCAAAACCAUUUCAAAGUUCUGCGCAAAUCAUUUUUCACUAACUUUUCAAAAGUAAGUGGUGCUCACUCAAGCGGAAAUAUUUUUCGACAGUUAUAUCGUCAUUUGCUUAAAUGGAUCUGUACCAAUGUUAAAAUGUGGAAAAUGUUCAGGAUAUUACAAAUGUAUAAUUUUACAGGAUUUUUCUAAGUGUAAACUCUUUUUUGAUACGCACUGUAUAGCGCCUGGAGAUAAGUGAGAACUACUUAGUCGGAACAGUACUGUUCAGGUCCUUUUUCGUGUGUUUAUCAUUAAUUUUACAAUGUAUUUUUAUGUGUGUAUUAUUUAAGUGUAAUCAUUUGUAAUGCACCCACGGAAUGGGAGGAAUAAUUUUUCUUAAUGUUUCAAUAAAGACAAUUAUUAAUUUA